AUGACUAUCAGUGACAUUGUCUCCGAUGCCUCGUUGCUACCCGUGUUGCGUACCAGCGCUGAGACGCGCGAACAAUGCGAGAAGCUUUUAUCCUUGUUAGAUCCCACGGCACAGUCUCCUUCCUCCGACCCCGAAGAGGCGAUUCUGGCUGCCUCUAAACAGCAAAAACACCUUUUUGCCCUGCUAGCCCAGCUUCGUGGUCAGAGUCGGGAUGCUAUUCUUCGGGUUCGCCAGACGAAACAACUCACGGCAGAAGCUCGUCAAGAGAUCGAUCGGUUACAUUUACAACUGCAGAAUCUGUAUUAUGAACAGCGGCAUCUGACUGGAGAGAUUGCUGCCUGUGAAUCAUAUGAUCACAAAUACCUCUCCCUGCCAUUGAUCCCUGUGGAAGAGUUUCUUGCCCUUCAUCCCGAACACGCAGACCUUGAUCCACAUGAACUUAUGAUUGCACGCAUUAACCACGAACAUGCCGAGCGGGAGAAGCUCGAACAGGCGCGCCAGGAACUUCUGAAGCGCAAGCAAGCCUUGAUCGCAGAGAACAAGAAGCGCAAAGACGACCUGGCUAGCCUGGACCAAGAUCUAGAGCGGUUUAUUGAUGUAUGUCUUUUUUUCUUCUCCUUUUCCCUCGACAUUGAGCAUUUUCCCUCCAACGUCUCAUACCUCGGCGGAGUUGAUGCUGCCACUCUGUUCUCCGCCUUCACUCCGCCUCCUGUUGAACACUUCCCCAGCACAACGUGUGCUUUCAACGCCACCGCUCAAGCAGGCACGAGAACAAAGAAUGUCCUGGUCAUGACUAGCAAGAAUGAAGACCUGCGGUCUUCCAUACAAACCACUACACAACCGUCCACCCCCACCACCAUGAGUUCCAAGGCAAGCGCGCAACACCUUCCUCCGCCCGAGAAGCCAGAGGCUAUUCGGACUCGAUUCAGAGUAAUUGCUGCAUUCUGGGCAGUCAUCAUCUUUCUAGGAUUUCCCAUAUGGUGGAAGACAACAUCUAUCUAUCGGGCUCAUUUGCCCGUCCAGGAGAUGGUCGAUUGGGCCAAUGGAAAGACCUGUCGUCCUGUAUUUCCUCUUGAGAUCCGUUUUGAGACACCCUCUAUGCCUAUUGCAGAGGCGCAGCAUCUUCUCCGAACUACGCAGCAUACCCUUGACGAUCUCAACGAAUUUUCCGCCCAUCAUCUCCGCCUGAAACUGUCCGAAGACACAAUCGCCGCAGAAGGCCAUGUGAACGCGCAAGGACAGUCGAUGCUUGCUGGUUCAGGCAAACCUGAUACGGCGCUGACAGUUCGACUAUUACCUCAGGAUGAUUUGGUCGCUCCAAAAGCAGAGCUUCAUUCCGAAACGACCCAGCUGGAUAUUAUGUAUCCCCCGAGCCAGAUUCCCGCUCCCUCGUCAUCCAGCCCACCCCUAUCGGCCUUCAUCGCGAGCGAAUUACAGAAUCUGUUUACUGAGGAAAAGGCCAUCAUUGCGCAAAUCCUGUCUGACAGCAAUCUGGGCGGCGCCAACACCAACACUCCUGCGUCAUCGAACAAUCAACAGCCCUUGGCGGUUCUCAACUCCAUCUCUCCGCAACUAGCAGAAAGUAUCAGCAGACGGUUGAGACGGUCCAUGAAGUACGCCGAGACCUAUCAUCUUGCCUUUUCUCUGUUCACGCCCAGGGCAGAGCCCUCCUCCUGGGACAUCCAAGCAGCUGUGGAGGAGUACAUUUCCCCGCUGCUGCAAGCGCUGGAACCCAUUAGCAACUUCACUGUCGACACGCAAGUGCAGCUGUACGCGACCUUUUCUCCAACCGCACCCAAGCCCGAAUACGACGAGGCGUUAGCAGCCUGGACCUUGAAGAAGGAAGAUCUGAGUGCCUUCAUCAACGCCGCCGAAUGGCCCUUGAGCCCUAGUAUCGGGAACGGCCCUACAAUCAACUUCAUUCUCUAUGUCCCUGCGCCUUCACAGUCACCCAUGCUCGUCAAGGAGAGCGGCGCAACCAGCUGGAUCAUCCCUCAAUGGGGAGGCGUCUUCCUUCUUAAUCCCCCUCUAUCCACCAUCCAAGAGAACCCCUCCAGCCCAGCCCAUCUCUCCAAGGAAUCACUGCGCGCCGCCUUCCUGACAUUCUCCCACCAGCUUCUCACCUUACUUGGCGUUCCCACCACGCCUACCUCCCUCCCCUUCCGUUUGCAAACGCUCAUCCGCGUCCGCGCUGCGACGCUCCUCCUCUCCGCAUCCUCCACCAUGGGCUCCCUCGCCCGUCUCACCGAGUCUCUCCCCUCGAUCCCUAUCCCAGCAAACGUCGCCGCGUCUGUGUCCACGACUCUUUUUCAUCUGGCCUCGGCAUGCACACAUCUCCGCGAGGGCCGCUUCGAAGCAGCUCUUGCCAGCGCGCGCGUCGCGGAAACAGAGGCCGAGCGCAGUUUCUUCGAGAAGAGCAUGGUGGGUCAGAUGUAUUUCCCAGACGAACAUAAAGUGGCCGUAUACCUGCCCUUGCUGGGACCUAUCGGUGUUCCUCUUGUCGUGGGGCUACUGAAAGAGAUCAAGAGGAUUUUUUCGGAUCGGAAGGCUAAACGGGCGAUGCGUUCAUAG